AUGGCAUCAAUCCCAAGCCCCGUGCCGAAGAAGAAAUACGUCACGAGGGCCUGCGAUGGAUGCAAAAAAAGAAAAUCCAAAUGUGAUGGCUGUGAGCCCUGCCAGCGUUGCCUUGGUUCCGGGCUCCGCUGUGCUUAUAAUUCAGACUACAAACGUGGAGCCAGACGUAGGACAACUCGCAGCUUGGCUCAGAACCAAGCACCUUUGAAUAUAGCCGGCGAUGAUACGUCAGUCGUACCGGCGUCGCCUUCUCACGUGACUGCUCCUUCAAACGCCAACAGCGACGAUAUGAGCGCCGUCCGGAUUGAGCAUGAUUCGGGUGAUGCGAGCGUCCACGCCUUUCUACAAAAGGUCUCGGGGCAUCUAGCACAGGUCGGUCGCGGUCUUCCUCGGAAUCUGUUCAGCAAGGAACAAGGUGGCUUCCACCCCAAUAAUCAGGCCAUCACCUUUGUUCUACCAAGCAUUGAGACCGCUAAAGGUUAUUUCGACUGCUUCUUUGACCACGCAAACACUACCUACCGGUAUGUGCCCAAAGCAGAGAUGUUCGAGCUGCUGAGGCAAGUCUAUGCGGAGAAUGAAACCGUACUGAGCGACCAUACGGAGAUGGCUAUUGUGCUCCUGAUUAUGGGCAUUGGAUGCAUAUGGACGGCAUCAUGGAGAAACGAGCCUUUGCCACCUUGGAAAAGAAAAUCAGAACGCUUUCUACAAGCUGCUGAACUCAGGCUCGAAAAAUCUCGAAACACGUUUCCCCCAACCCUUGCCAUUUUACAAGCUCAACUACUCAAGUGUCAAUUGGAGAUCGCUUCGAGCCAAUACAACAGUGCCUGGAUGACAUUGGGAUUGACAAUCCGCUUGGGUCAGAUGAUUGAUAUUCAAAGAGAGCCCACCGCGUGCACAGCUCAAGAAGCCCAUUUCAGGAAGUCCAUAUUGUACGCUAUGUUCAUGGUUGAUCGAUAUCUGGCCAUUGCCUUGGGCAGACCCAUAUCGAUUCAGGAGCAUGAUAUUACCAUCACGCUCUCCAUGGAACUUGAUCCUGCCAUCAAGUCUCGACUUGGUAGUCUUGAGGAGAAAUUAUGGGUAGGCGUCGUAGCUCAUUUUAGACUUACUAUGAUAAUGGGCCACAUAGUCACACAGCUAUAUCCAGCCGCCAGAAAUAACACUGCGCCUACAGAAGCUACCGUGGCCGGGUUAGAGAAAGAACUCGCCGACUGGCUUGGUGACGUUCCGGAGUUCUUUCAUCCUGUUCAAAACGAGCUCAGCUCCCGCGAACAGGGAUUUUACGACGUUCCUUGGAUCUUUCGGCGCCAGCAAAGAACCAUACGAGCUGCUUUCUUCUUUACCAAUAUGCUUAUUUAUCGUCAUUUCCUGCUCAGAGAGUUUCUUCAGCAGGCUCCUAGCACCCCGCGUUCAGGCCAGUGCCCCGAGCGUGUCAGAAAAUGCGUCGACAACGCCAUGGCUAUGAUUGCUCUUGCUGCAGACUUUGGAGCCGAUGAGUUCAAGUAUAAUGCGACCUUCUGGAUGACCUCUCACUUCAUAUUUUGCGCGAUUUCAAUUCUCUUGGUCUACUUGGCGUUGUACCAGGAGUCGGACGACUGGAAUAGCAUUGAGUCUGCGGUUGAGAGGGCGAUGAAGGUUCAUCGUAAACUUGAUAACAGUGUCAACAUCUACGCCCAGAAACUACUUGAUGAAUCCCGCGCAAGGGUCGAGGUUCUUCGGACCCUCAACUCCCCCAGUAAUACCGUGGCAGCACAUGGCCCAACACCGGAUUGGGCAGAAGUUCCAGGUCAACAAGGUUUCCCCGAUGCUUCAUCCCCUCAUGGGCCACUACUGGGGAAUGAUGAUACAGAGCUACCGAUUCUCCAAUUGGCUCCUCAUGAUGAAGCGGAGAGAGCGGCUCCCGGGCCAUAUUCCGCGUUUGAGCAGCAUGCAAUGGAAACGUUCGGUUUGAACAAUGGUCUUGACGUGAUCAUGGAUAUUGGAUUCGACAGCGCUGCCUUGCCUGAAAACUUUGGGAUAGAGGGUAUCGAUCUAUUUCAACAAUAUAAUUGA